GUGUGUGUGUGUGUGUGUGUGUGUGUGUGUGUGUGUGUGUGUGUGUGUGUUUUCAGGUUUCUUUCAGCUGAGCUGAAGAAGCCAGUCUGAUUAUUGACUGAUCACACACACUCCCGCUGCUGGCUCUGUUAAACGUUUGUUUUUUUAUUAUCCGCCGCACGUUUUGUGACUCUUCCUGAUGCUCAGCUCCUGUCAGGUUGAGCGUGGGGCCGGCCGGGUGGCAGCGGCGGCCAUGGAGCUGAAGCCGUGCGUGGAGUACCACGACCUGGAGGCGGCCGAGGCGCUUGUCAGCAUGAGCUUCUGGGGUCAAAGGACACACAAGCCCCGCCCCCUGACCCCCACCUCUGACUCCUGCGACUCCAUCCAUCUCCACCCGGAGGGGGGGGAACUGAUCGCUCUGUCAUCCCUGUGUAUGACUCCACCUCACAGUCCAAGCUUCACCGAAGCCACCGCCACGUCCUCGUCCUCCGCGGCCCUAAACCCGGCGGCGUCUCGGCCCGUCUUACCAGGCCCUGCCCCCCUCCUCCUCGGUGACUCCUACACCUGCCUGCCUCCACCCUCCUCUUCCUCAGCGACGUCCACACCUCCACCCAAGACAGAGUCGUCGUGCGUGGCUUCCCCCGGCAGAGCGAUGGUCACCAGCGUUAUCCGCCACACUGCCGACAGCCUCAGCAUUCCUCCGCCACUGCCACCCUCCGCCACGCAGCCGACAGAAACCUCCACGCCGGGGACUCUUCCAGAGGAGAAGGACGGCGCUCCUGCGUCUCCAGGCAGCUCGUCCUCUCCUCCCUCUCCAGCGUCUCCGCCUCACUCCUCGCCGCUGUCUUCCUCGUCCGCUUCCUCUUCCUCGCCGGUUCUCUGCCAGGUGUUCCCGGUGAGCAGCCGUACGGGGAUGAUCUCCGCCUUCCUCCAGGCGCCGGUGCAGAUGCAAACUCACGCCCAGCCUCUGCUGGUGGGCUCGGCCAUGCCGCAGGGCACCGUGAUGUUCGUGGUCCCGCAGGCGUCCGUGUCGCAGACGCCGCCCGGCCAACAAACCGUCGUAACCCUGGGCAACACCAAGCUUCUCCCCCUGGCCCCGGCUCCCCUCUUCAUGCCGAUGUCAGCGGCCGGCGGUGGCGGCACCUCGCAGGCUGACUUCUCCCGCAGACGGAACUACGUCUGCAACUUCCCUGGCUGCAAGAAGACGUACUUCAAGAGCUCGCACCUGAAGGCUCACCUGCGCACGCACACAGGCGAGAAGCCGUUCAGCUGUCACUGGGACGGCUGCGACAAAAAAUUUGCCCGCUCCGACGAGCUUUCUCGCCACCGCCGGACACACACCGGCGAGAAGAAGUUCGUCUGCACCGUGUGCGACCGGCGCUUCAUGCGCAGCGACCACCUGACCAAACACGCCCGGCGGCAUAAGACCAACAAGAGGUCAGCGGUGUCGUGGUCCGCCGAGACCCGGGACGCCAAUAAAGUAGCACAGCCCACGGGCCAAAACCGAGGCCCCGCACUUCCUGUUGGCAUGCUGGUCUCCACCGCUAACUGACACUCAUCUGGAGCCCCGCAGGGGCCAACUCGGGGGGGCAAAUAACACACACAAAGACACGCACACACACACACACUCACAGACACACAGAAACACACACACACACACACUC